AUGGCCUGCCCGAACUGUUUUAGUGGUCACAUCCAUGAAGGCACUCCUCGCGGUGAAGUGACUUCGAUCCAUGGCUUACCGACCUACAUGACCAAGCCGCUGGACGAUGUACCUCAUCGGGGCAUUAUCAUCAUAGUACCCGAUGCAUUUGGAUGGGAGUUCGUCAACAACAGAAUUUUAGCUGACAACUAUGCGGAAAAGGGGACGUAUCUCGUUUAUCUCCCCGACUUCAUGAAAGGGCACGCUGCCCCAAUUAGUAUGAUGACUUCCACGAAAGAGGUGCUCAAUACGAGUGGAAUCAUAACCUGGCUCAUGAAGCCAUACUACAUAGCUUCCGUGUUAAAAGACGCAAUACCCUUCAUAUAUUGGAACACAUUUGAGGCAUCUUGGCCUAUUGUCAAGGACUUCUUCAAGUCCGUGCGCGAGAACGAGGGCGCCGAAGUUCCCAUCUACGGAGCCGGAUUCUGCUGGGGAGGGAAGCACAUCGUCAAUCUAGCUGCCGGCGUGGAUACUGCGUCGAACGGGAAGCCGCUCCUAAAUGCUGGCUUUACGGGGCACCCCAGUCUCCUCGAGAUCCCUACUGAGAUUGAGAAGAUCUCGGUUCCUGUUAGCUUUGCGCUUGGUGACAAGGAUGUGGUUCUGAAGCCUCCACAGAUCGGGCAGAUUCAAAAGAUCUUUGCGAGCGAAGCCGGUGCUGGAAAAGGAGAAGUGGUUGUAUACGAAGGCGCUGGCCAUGGCUUUUGCGUCAGAGCUGAUUUUGUUCUGGAUGACGCGAGUAAACAGGCCGACGAAGCGGAGAAUCAGGCUCUGGCGUGGUUUGAGAAAUAUUGA